AUGUUAAGAUUCACGGACCAUAGUCUAAUUGUGGGUAGCCUCACUGUUAAUCGAUCGCUCUCUCUGCAUCUAAAGCGUACGAAAUAUUACGGAAAAGGUUUUGAGGUGAUUGUCAAAACCCGUUCCGGACCAUUCUUCCCUGGCUUUCCAACUGUUAUUCACGAUUACCUUGUAUCUAUCACUUUCACUCGCAAAGCAUCGGACACGGGACAGAUGAGCUAUUUCAGAUCGGAUUAUGGUUAUGAAACAUCAACAACAUGGCUUUUGUUGUCUAAGAUGGAAGGGCUACACAAAGUUCUGGUUCGUGUUGAUGUAGUAUUCAGCUUGUGUUACUCAAGUAUCCAACUUGUACUUGGAAUAUGGGAAAUUAGAAUGCCAUCAAACCCCACAAUACUGCCUUUUGUUACACGCCGAUCGAAGUUGUGGGAUUAA